AACCAUUUUCUCUCUAAAGAGAGAUUUGAUGGUAUUUUAACAAAUCGGAAUUGAGAAAUUAUCGGACAAGCGGAGCUGGCAAUUCCAGCGAGAGCGAGUGAAACUAUUCCCCCUCGAAAAAAUUCGCCGGAAAGUGGGCGUGAUCGGCCGGCUUCCCCCCCUGCAUGUGUACAGAUGAAAGUCGCUAAGAGCAACUACUUCUUUUCAUCUUUUUGCUUUCAUUUCCUUUUCACGAUCAUUCUGCUGGCAUUGAAUCCAGUUCUGAGCAUCCGAUUCCCAGAUCGGAUCCCGGAGGUUCCACAGGAUGCCUCUAAUCAGCCAUUACAAACUGCAGUUUUCUCUCUCGGAAGCUUCUGGAGAUCGGAAGCGUCAUUUGGCUGCUUAAACGGAAUCGUAAGAACCACUGUCGGUUAUUCUGGUGGUUCAAAAGCCAAUCCCGAGUACAGAAAUUUGGGCGACCACGCUGAAUCUGUACAGGUCGAGUAUGACCCCCAAGUACUUGGUUUCAGACAGCUAUUGGAGGUCUUCUGGGCUAGCCAUGAUUCCAGGCAAGUCUUUGGGCAAGGUCCUGAUGUGGGUAACCAGUACAGGUCUAUUAUUUUCACAAGCGGCACUGAGGAAUCCAGAUUGGCUGCUGUUAGCAAAGAAAGAGAACAAUCAAAGUCAAAGAGCAGCGUUGUUAUCACUCAAAUUCAACAGCUUGAAGCUUUUUAUCCUGCAGAGCCUGAACAUCAGAAAUUUGAGCUCAAGCGGAACCCCUUCCUACUUCAAUUGAUGGGAAACUUGCCUGAGGAGGAGCUUGAGAGAUCAACGCUGGCUACAAAACUAAAUGGCUAUGCAGCAGAGCUUUGUUCAUCAAGAAUCCAAAAGCGGAUUGAUGCAAAGAUCAAUGAUAUUAUCAAGAAAGGUUGGCCCAUUCUCAAAGAAGUUUAGUAAUGUCUUGCAGAUGACAGAAUACCUUCAUGCAAAUUCAUCCUCUACAUUAUAGGUUCUGAAGUCUGAAUAGCGAGCAGAGACCUUUUUACAGAGAUUAAUCAAAAUUUGUUUGUACAAUCAGAAUAGGUUGAUUGGAGUAGACUGAGCAGAUGCGUUUUUUGGCGGGGAUUAAUCAAAUUUUUUUGUACUAUCUGAAUGUUCUGUAUAGGUAAUAGGUUGAUUGCACCAAAACUGAACAUUAUUGUGAUAUAAGGCUGUGGGACCUUAAAAUCAUGUUGUUGUAGUACUUCAUAAUUCUAUGAAUGCCUGGCUACCCCGUUUUCAUGUUGUAGUA